CAAUGAAGAUAACAGAAGAAUUCCUGUGUACGUUCUUGGAGGCCGUAGCAGACGGAGACCUCAGUGUCCUCACCAGUUGCUUUGAAUUCGUUUAUACUGACCACAAGCAUGUGAACUUUCAGCACACGGACUCUGGAAACACAGCCCUAAUACUGGCAGCCGCAGGAAACCUGCCAGAGGCCGUGUCUCUUCUGCUGGAACAUGGAGCCGACGUUACCCUUUGCAACUACAGUAAUCAGACAGCAGUUCAUGUGGCUAACGAUGACAUCAAGAAGCUGCUUUUAUCAGCUGUAAAAAGGACCUCAUAUCCUCAGCUACAGCUGGCUCAGGCCGCCUGGCAAGGAGACCUGGAAAUUGUUCAGCAAUUAUUGGAGACGGACCAAUCUCUGGACAUAGAUGUUCAGAACAAACAAGGACUGACACCCCUAAUGUUAGCAGUGCGAGAUAUAGACCUGUUUGAUAAACUACCUGUUGGAGACUACAGGCCUCUGGAUGUAUUGCAGGAACUGCUUAAGCACAAUGCAAACCCAAGGCUUUGUGAUUUUUGUGGAAAAUCAGCAAUGUGUUACACAUCAGGUGUCAGAAGUCCUAUGGGGCAGCAGCUGGCAGAUAUACUGGCCAUGUGUCUAGCUACAACAGAUAGUAAGGGUGACAAGUUUUCUGAUUGUUGUCUGGACAUAAAGCACCAUUCACUGAACCUUCAUCCAAGUGUUGGAGACAGGGAAAGUCUCAUCAUUACAAGCUGCAGCCAGAGCCCAGAGAUUUAUGUUAAUGAGGAAGAAAUACACAAUCUGGAACCAAGGACGGAGAAUUUCAGGGCAGAUUGUAGGAACCUUACUGAGUUUGAAAGAGCAAAUAUAACUGUUCUUGAAAUAGCAGAAGCUUAUCAAGAGUGCGAAAACCAUCAACCUUUAUUACACAGACUUUGGCCAAGUGAAUUGUCUUCAAAUGUUGAGACCAUGAACUUCCACACUAAGCGGCAUACUUCCCUUCCACCCUUUCAUCUGAAGGAAGAUGCACAGAUCAGGAGGUUGGGACUUGGUUACCUUGUGCAAGGAUCUUGUUCUGAACCCAAUAUCUCACAGUCUCACCUUGGAACUGAUGCGUUCAGAGAUAUAAAGGAGAUAAAGCAAAAUAUAAAGCAAAGACUAAUGUCAUCUGAAUCCACAAGAAAAAAGCAGGAUGUCCCUUACCUUUGCCAUUCUCCUAGAUCUAUACGAUUGCUCCCAAUAGAAAGCAAGAAGACCAAAAAUAAAAAUGAAGUAAACCUAACAAUUGGACAGUUCAUGCUACCCCAUUCAGAUAGCUUUCCUCAAUCUGUACCUCCCCAAAGACAUUUAGCAGUUCCUAAAGAAAAUCCUCCAGAGCUCUACAAAAGAGGCGAUAUAGUUUUGUCUCAAGAUAUGGUUGUGUUAAGGGUGGAGGAUGAUCUCAUGUCUUCAGAAGAUCUGAAGGAGAAAAUUGAUGAAAGAACAUUAAAACACAAGGGAAAUUGUUGUAAUAACUCAAAUAGUGAUGAAUUUAUACAAAUCUUUGAAAAUAAAAAGAGCAUAGGCAGUAUGCAUGAGAAUAAAGCAUCUGAGCUAUGUAAAAACAAAACAACAAGUAAAUAUGGAACAGAAAACCAUGCAUCAGAUUAUUAUGAAGACUUAAGAAUAGAGAUGUCCAGAAAUAAUGAGUUUGUCACAGAAGGUAUUAUUACUAAACCGGUAGAUGCUAUAUCAGGUAAGAUACUGCCUGAAAACAAAGAAAACACAAGAAAUAAUAUAGAUUUUAAAGAGAAACCGAAAACCCAUUCUGGAGAUGGAAAUAGAUGUCAAAAUGAUAUUGCAGAAGACAUUUUAGACACUAGUGAAACACAGACAAUUAAUGGCGAAUACUCAAGGGAAACUACAAGCUGGGUAAAUGGAAUUAUAGAAUGUAACUCAAUAAGAACACCAAGACAAAUGGCUUUACCUCUUGUUCAUAUUACAUUCUCAGAGCAAGAACCUCAAAAAGAACUGAAUGUUUUUCCAGUCAAGCCAUUUAAUCUCAAGAAAAAGACUAUUGUCUGUGGUGUACCUCACAAUGUUAACCAUAGCUUUAAUGUAAUUGCUCAGAAUAAGAGUGGUAAAACUAAGAACUGUAAACAAAUAAGAAAUAAAUCUGCACCUGAAUCCUCUGUGAAGCAUAGGCAAAGACCACUUUUCAAUAGUAAAAAAUUGAAGGAUGUUUUGUGUCCAUCACUGGCUUUUUCUGGGCCUCAAAUGGCCUCAAGACAAUCCAAGAAAGCUCACCAUACAGAACCAAAAACGUUACAUAAAAGUGGACAAAGAUCUCACACAUGCUUAUCAAUUUCUCCAGAGAAACGUUCAUAUUCACAAUCUAAAGCAAUGCAUCAUUCUUCUUCUAGAGCGAGUACAGCUCCAGGUUUUUCAGACCUGAGCUAUAAGGACAUGUUCAAAGAAAUAAAACCACACAUGCAAGGCCCAGGUAUAUUUCAGAUGUUUGAAACACCAUUUUAUUACAAUGCUGAAGUUGACCAAGUAAGAAAAGGUCACUUGGUUUCAACCAACACAAAAUCAUCUUCUAAAAGUAUUCAAUUAACUUGCCAAAGUGGCAACAGCAAAGCAAAGACUGAGAAAAGACACAACUCUAGGAAAACUAAAAGCUCUGCUGGGUCCAACCAAAAGCAUUUAUCGGCAAAAGAAAAAUUGAGAAGUGGUCUUGAAAAAAAUGCAAAACAAGUAGAUGUAGUAAUUAUUUCAGGUACAGAUUGGGAGAUCACAGCAGCAAGAGAACAUAGGAUCAAUAAGGAAGAUUCAUAUAUCUCAGAAGGUCAAGUCAUAGAACCCUAUCAAUAUAAUAUUGAUUAUCCAGACUUAUCUAUAAUCAAGGAAGCUACAGUGGAAUCGCACUCUAAUAUAAAUAAGGCAAAUAAUAUGAACAAUAUUAUUACAUUAAUAGAAGAAGUUGGUAAUACAGAUACAAUAGAAACUGUUCUUCCUGAAUAUUUAGAUCCCACCAAUAGAGUUAGUUUGUCUGUAGUAGAAGGUUGUCAACACAGUACAAACCAACCAACAGGUAGCAGUGAUGAACAUCUAGGUAUCCUUGAAACAGGUCAAGUGUUACAGAAGCCUACUAAUAAAGGAUCUCUUCAGGAGAAUCUUGCUGCAAUAGAUGUACAAUCUGUUGAAGAAAAAAUAAAUGAAACUGAUCUUAAAGCUCAGGAAAAUUCAAAAAGCCAUUUCUUCAUUGAAAAUGGCCUCAGAGACAGUUUGAACAGCAGUAAUAAAAGCAAUUCAAAAAGCAUAUGCAGUAAUUCAAAGACGUACAGAAAUAACAGUGCAGACAGCGAGCAACUGACUGAUAUGCUCAUCUCUCUGGUUGAAAAAUUCCUCUGUAAUGAGGAGACUGAUUCUAUAAAUUCAAAAACAGAGAUUUCAAGCACAGAGGAUCAUGACCAAAGUGAUGGUACGAGCAAUGACAAAGAAAUAAUUACCCCAAGACAGACCGAUACAAGUCACACAUCACCCAGUAAAACAAACAGUUUAAGCCUUACAGAAAGCGUCUUCAAAUUCAAUCUGAACAAUGAUGGAUCAAUAGCUUGGACCAAAGGAGAAGUUCUUGGCAAAGGUGCAUAUGGAACGGUAUACUGUGGUCUUACGAGUCAAGGAGAAUUAAUAGCCGCAAAACAGGUAGUUUUUGAAGCUUCAGAACCAGCUAUUGCAGAAAAGGAAUACAAAAAACUUCAAGAGGAAGUUAACUUACUAAAAGCACUAAAGCAUGUUAAUAUAGUUGGCUAUUUGGGAACCUGUUUACAAGACAACAUAGUGACUAUUUUUAUGGAAUUUGUACCAGGUGGAUCUAUUUCUAGCGUACUGAAACGUUUUGGACCAUUACCAGAAAUAGUGUUUGUUAAAUACACAAAGCAAAUCCUCCAAGGAAUAUCAUAUCUGCACAAUAACAGAGUAAUUCACAGGGACAUUAAGGGAAACAACAUCAUGCUUAUGCCUGAUGGGGUGAUAAAGCUAAUUGACUUUGGAUGUGCAAAACAGCUGACUAAUUUAAAUAUGAGCGGAACACAGAGUGAACUGUUAAAGUCUAUGCAUGGAACACCAUAUUGGAUGGCACCAGAAGUAAUCAAUGAGUCUGGACAUGGAAAGAAAUCUGAUAUAUGGAGCACUGGCUGUACUGUAUUUGAAAUGGCUACUGGAAAGCCACCCCUGGCUCAUAUGAACAACAUGGCUGCCAUGUACUAUAUUGGUGCCCAAAGAGGUCUUAUGCCCACUCUCCCUGAUCACUUCUCAAAGAAAGCAAGAGAUUUUGUGGAUUUAUGCUUAACAAGGGAUCAAUAUGAACGACCCUCUGCUGAGCAGCUCUUGCAACAUCCAUUCAUUAAAAGAAAAUUGUGAAGGUAUAUAUGGACAAUGUGCCAACAUAAACAUGAAAUGAUUAGCUCUUGUGUACAGGGGAAAUUACAUUACCAGACUGCUUUCUCUACAUUGUUAUAUAUACAAAUUAUUAAUAAAUCAACUUUUUUCACUA